AUGCCACCCACCCUCCCCACCGUAGAAGAAGCCCUCCCCAAACACCUCGACCUCUUCUACAAUUCCGCCUGGCAUGCCCCCCGAUCCGCCCACUACCAAGAGACCUACAGCCCGGGGACGGGCAAAGUCAUCACCGAAGUUGCUCAGGCGGGAGCGGAAGAUGUCAACGCAGCCGUCGAAGCAGCCGACCACGCUUUCCACACCUUCAAGCUCACCCCUCCACCGCAACGCGCCGCUAUGCUGAGGAGAGCGGCACAGAUCUGCCGAGAACACGCUACAGAACUUGCCUUCCUCGACGCACUCGAUACUGGCAACCCCAUUGCCGAGAUGCUGAGCGAUGCGAACGUAGCCGCUGCCUCCAUGGACUUCUUCGCUGGCCUGAUUCCCAUGCUGAAAGGCGAGACUAUCCCUCAGAGCGAUGACACAUUUCACUACACCAUCCGCGAACCCCUCGGCGUGGUUGCACGAAUCGUGGCUUUCAAUCAUCCCGUCAUGUUCGCCGGAGCAAAACUGGCAGCUCCAAUUGCAGCAGGGAACUGCGUCGUCAUCAAACCCCCCGACCAAGCACCCCUAUCCUGCCUCCGACUAGCAGAACUCCUCUCCGACGUCUUCCCUCCCGGCGUCCUCAACAUCCUCCCCGGCGGCGUGGAAUGCGGGACAGCGCUCAGCUCCCACCGUCUCGUCCGAAAGAUCACACUGAUAGGCAGCGUCCCCACCGGAAAGGCAAUCGCCCGCACAGCCGCAGAUACCCUCAAAAGCACCCUCUUCGAACUGGGAGGCAAAAACGCCCUCAUCGCCUAUCCCGAUGCAGACAUCCCCAAACUCAUCCAAGGCAUCGGCCGCGGAAUGAAUUUCACCUGGGCAGGGCAGAGCUGUGGUAGCACUUCGAGAGUUUUCCUCCAUGCUUCCAUCCACGAUGCCCUCCUUCCACAGGUCGUCGAUUUCGUCAAGAAUAACUUCAAACCCGGUCCUCCGACGGAUAUGGGCACGACCAUGGGCCCGGUGAUAUCCGAGACGGCACGAGAUCGGAUUUUGGAUUACAUUCAAUCGGGAAUCGAUGAGGGCGCGACCCUUCUGCACGGCUCCCCGAACCCACCCUCCGAGUCAGAAUUCCCCGGCAUAGAAGAGGGCUACUUCCUCCACCCCACCAUCUUCACCGACGUCUCGCCCGCCAUGCGGAUCGCGUCGGAGGAGAUCUUCGGCCCCGUCAUGUCGGUGUUCAAAUGGGAAGAUGAAGAAGAUCUCUACCGCAUCGUCAAUGCCACCGAAUACGGACUCACGGCUUCCAUCUACACCCGGGAUAUCGCGACGGCGCAGCGGGCCGUGAAGCGGGUCGAAGUGGGGUAUGUAUGGGUGAACCAGGUGGGGCGGCAUUUUCUGGGCGUGCCGUUUGGGGGGUACAAGGAAUCCGGGGGUGGGAGGGAGGAGUGUCUCGAGGAAUUGAUGGCGUUUACGCAGAGUAAGAGUGCGAAUUUUGGUCUGGCGCCGUGA